UAUUUACUUGGAUUGAAGACAAAAGCAUGGCUGACAUGGGAAAAAGUCAUGUUGAUGAUUCUCUAUCACAGAGUUCUACACCUUGCAGGUCCAUUGAUGACACUGAGAAGUAUGCCUGUCUUUCUGAUCUUUCCAGGACUGGGAAGAGAAAACAUAACGAACCAGACAGCAAAGCUAUUGAUCUUGGGUUGUACCCGAUAGAUGAAAUAUUGCAUUGGCAUAAUGCUAUUAGAAAAGAAUUAAAUGAAAUAGCAGAAUGUGCAAGGAAAAUACAGCUUUCUGGAGAUUUAUCUGAUUUGUCUGUCUUCAACACAAGGCUUCAAUUUAUUGCUGAUGUGUGCAUCUUUCAUAGUUAUGCUGAAGACCAAGUAAUAUUUCCAGCAGUAUCAGAUGGAAUGGAAUUCCUUUUGCUGGACCAUGCAAAUGAAAAAAUUCAGUUUAACAAGUUUAGGUGCUUAAUUGAAGAAAUCCAGAGUGCAGAGGCCAAUUCUACUUCUGUAGAAUUCUAUUCUGAGUUUUGUUCGCAUGCUGAUCAAAUAAUGGAUACUAUUCAGAAGCAUUUCCAUAGUGAGGAAGCUGAGGUUCUUCCUCUUGCCAGGAUGCAUUUUUCUUCUGAGAAACAGUGUAAGCUUCUUUUCAGAAGUCUGUGUGUUAUGCCCUUGAAACUGUUAGAGCGUGUUUUACCAUGGUUUGUUGCAAACUUAAGUGAUAAGGAGGCAAGUCAGUUUCUCCAGAAUAUGCAUCUAGCUGCCUCAUCAUCUGAAGAUGCACUGGUCACCCUUUUUUCCGGUUGGGCGUGCAAGGGUAGGAGCGAGGAUAUUACUAGUUCUGGCAAGUUCAUAUGCUUGACUUCAAAAGCAAUCUGUUGCUUCCCUUUAGAAGACAGUACUGAGUCGGAAGAAGAUUGCAGACAUAAUUUCUGUUCAUGUUCUUGUCUACUUGGGUGUGAGAAAGGCUUGACAAUUCUGAAAUCUGAGAACAAUGCUAGGCCUAUUAAACGAGGCAACUUUUCAGGAUUAUAUGGAAAUUCUGGUGAAAUCAACACUUCAGAAAGUAAUGAAAUCUAUAGUGUGUCAUGUAGCCAAAAGUCAUGCUGUGUACCGGCGCUGGGAGUUGCUAGCGCCAACACUGGAAUAAGUUCACCUGAUGCUUCAAAGUCUCUGCUUUUUUCAUCUUACAAUUCUUCUGUCCCUUACUUUAAGUCCAGUCUCUUUGUUCCAGAGAUGGAAUUGAAUUUAUGUAGUAUAGAGAACACUUUGAGGCCAAUUGACAACAUAUUUAAAUUUCAUAAGGCGAUUAGCAAAGAUGUGAAGUAUUUGGAUGAUGAAUCCGGAAACCUUAUACCUUAUGUUGAUACUGUUCUUCGGCAGUUCAGUGGAAGAUUUCGCUUGUUAUGGGGUCUAUACAGAGCUCAUAGUAAUGCUGAGGAUGAUAUUGUUUUCCCAGCUUUAGAAUCAAGAGAAACACUUCAUAAUGUGAGUCAUUCAUACACCCUUGACCACAAGCAGGAAGAAAAGCUAUUUAGAGAUAUUUCUGUAGUGCUUUUAGAGCUCUCACAACUGCAUGAUGGCUUGGGAAUGAACAUCAGUAAAGAUGCUGCAAGGGGAAGCAAUUCUGAUUCUCAUGUAGUUGAUCAGACUAGAAAACAUAAUGAGCUUGUCACUAAGCUUCAAGGAAUGUGCAAAUCUCUACGAGUUACUCUUGAUAAUCAUAUCUUCAGAGAAGAGCUUGAAUUAUGGCCAUUAUUUGACAAGCAUUUUUCAGUGGAUGAGCAAGAUAAGAUUGUUGGACGAAUAAUAGGAACAACAGGUGCAGAGGUCCUCCAAUCGAUGCUACCAUGGGUAACUUCUGCUCUUAGUCAAGAGGAACAGAAUAAGAUGAUGGAUACAUGGAGACAGGCAACCAAAAACACCAUGUUUAAUGAGUGGCUAAAUGAGUGGUGGAAGGAUACUCCCUCAUUGUCUACAGAUGCAACAGAGAGUUCUGGUCUUCCAAAAGAGGCUGAUCACCAAGAAAGUCUCGAGCAAAGUGACCAGAUGUUCAAGCCUGGUUGGAAUAAUAUAUUUAGGAUGAAUCAGAAUGAGCUCGAAUCAGAGAUAAGGAAGGUUUCACGAGAUCCAACAAUUGAUCCACGAAGAAAGGCAUAUCUUAUACAAAACUUAAUGACAAGUCGCUGGAUAGCUGCUCAGCAGAAAUUACCUCAGGCUAGAACUGAGGAAGCUACAGAAGGAGAAGACAUACCUGGAUGCUCUCCAUCCUUUCGAGAUCCGGAGAAACAAAUAUUUGGCUGUGAGCAUUCAGGAGGAACUGCAAACUUGUUGCUGCAUGUUGUAACAAAUUGUUCACAUGCAGAUUUUGCCAUGACAAAGUCAGUGAUCAUUCAAUGGACAGAAAAGCAACAAGUGAAAUGAUGUGUAUGCGUUGUUUGAAGGUUCAACCAGUUGGUCCAACUUGCAGGACACCUUCCUGUGCUGGAUUCUGGAUGGCGAAGUAUUAUUGCAAUAUCUGCAAGUUUUUUGAUGA